GAACUGCAGGGGGGUGUGGCAUGCAUUAAAAUUAAACGUCAGUGACCUGAUGAAGCUUAUAAAAUAACCUGGGAGAAGCCAGUCACCCAAACAAGGCAUCUCCAAUUGGGUGAUUUUGCAUCUGGAAACUGCCUUCAUCUUGAUAAAAAGGUUCCAUCUCAGCCACCAGCCCCAAGAUGGUGACUGCCCUGCUGCUGCUUUCAGCACUGGCCGGCCUCUUCCGUGCGGCAGAGGGACAAGCAUUCCAUCUCGGGAAGUGCCCAACUCCUCCUGUGCAGGAGAAUUUUGACGUGAAUAAGUAUCUUGGAAGAUGGUAUGAAAUUGAGAAGAUCCCAGUGAGCUUUGAGAAGGGAAGCUGCAUCCAAGCCAACUACUCACUAAUGGAAAACGGAAACAUCAAAGUGAUAAACCAGGAGCUGAGAUCUGAUGGAACUGUGAACAAAAUUGAAGGCGAAGCCUCCCAGAGCAACUUUACCGAGCCCGCCAAGCUGGGAGUAAAGUUUUUCUGGUUGAUGCCUUCGGCUCCGUACUGGGUCCUGGCCACCGACUACGAGAACUACGCCCUCGUGUACUCCUGUACCACAAUCGUCUGGCUGUUUCAUGUAGAUCAUGUUUGGAUCUUGGGAAGAAACCCAUAUCUCCCUCCAGAAACAGUGACCCAUCUAAAAGAUAUCCUGACCUCUAAUAACAUUGACAUCGAGAAAAUGACCAUCACAGAUCAAGGGAACUGCCCCGAGUUCCUGUAAUGAGGCAGGAGGCUGCAUUCACCCCAUGUUCCUUCUUUUGCUUUGCUUUUCCCCCACCCAUCCACCUCUCAUGACAAUAAGCCAACCCACCAUGGCAAACCAUCGCAACUACAGAAGGAAACUUAACAGCAGGAGCCAGUGGAGAGGAACUCAAGGAAAAUUGGCCCAAACACUUAGACGUACACUACCUGUUUCCUUGCAUGCCUAAUAAUAAACUUUUUUGCUGACCUGCUGUACUCACAGUAAAUUCUGAUUUGGAACAAUUA